UAGUAAAAUAAUAAUAAUGCAUAUUAUUUUUUUAGCAAUUCGAUAACAUACAAUAUUAUCACCAUCACUUUGAUCUCAUCUACUUAAUCAAUCAUCAUCAAUUUUGGCCUUUUUAUGUGAUCUAAAUCUGUAGCAUAUAUAUAUCUCAAUAAUUAUUAUUUAUUUAUUUAUUUUAGAUCACAUGUGAGGUGAUCCCUGACAGGCUGAUGCUGAAUUAGAAAAAAUAAAAAUAUAUAAAUACUAAUUUAAUGCAUCUAAUGUGAACCAUAUGUUAUAAUCUCAUCUCUUUCUUGAAAUCCCACUUGAUCAAAAUUCAGACAAAAAAAUGGUGCUAACAAAAGAUGUUCAUGGCAAAGUCCAUCCAGCCGACAACUCUCGAUACGAUAAAAACAUCAUCGACGUUCAAGAUUUCGAUAACACGAAAACCGGUGUGAAGGGGCUCGUCGACUCCGGUGUCGAAAAAAUCCCGCGAAUAUUCCUCCACGAGGAAUACAUGCUUGAAAAGAAAUCGAUCUCUACUAAAUCCGAGUUAAGUGUUCCCGUUAUCGAUUUCGCGGCUUGUCCGCGCGACAAAAUCGUGGAUAGAGUUAGAGAAGCUAGUGAGGAAUGGGGGUUUUUUCAGAUAGUGAAUCAUGGGAUUCCUACAAGUUUCAUGAAUAAAGUGAUUGAGGAUGUAAGGAAAUUUCAUGAAAUGGAGGAUGGUGUGAAGAAAGAAUAUUAUUCUCGUGAUUUCAAGAAGAAGGUUUUGUACAAUAGCAACUUUGAUUUGCAUAUAGCUAAAAGCGCUAAUUGGAGAGACACGCUUUAUUUGAUUAUGGCGCCAGAUCCACCAAAACCUGAAUAUAUCCCUCAAGUUUGCAGAGACACCAUGAUCGAAUACUCGAACCACGUAAAGAAAUUGGGGAUGGAAAUAUUCGGGUUCCUCUCGGAGGCACUCGGGCUAAAAUCGGAUCACUUGAAAGAGAUGGAUUGUGAGAACGGGCUUUACGUCACGGCCCAUUACUACCCUCCUUGCCCCGAACCCUGUUCGACAUUGGGCCUCAGUAGUCACACUGAUAGUGGCUUCUUGACUCUUCUUCUCCAAGACCAAAUUGGUGGUCUACAAGUUCUCCACAAAGAUGAGUGGGUGAAUGUACCUUUUUGCCCCGGGUCUCUUAUAGUCAACAUUGGAGACCUUAUGCAGGCGAGUUUCGUAAUCCCUUUUCUCUGUUUCAAAUUAGCUGUCGCUCGAAAAAGAAUAACCCGUGUCGUCUAUAUUAUUUUGCAGCUCAUCACAAAUGCCAAGUUUAAAAGUGUCUACCACAGAGUACUAGCAAAUAACUUGGGUCCAAGAAUCUCGGUAGCAUUCUUUUUCAGGAUGCAUAUCCAAGAAACAAACGAUUCCCGAAUCUACAGACCAAUCGAGGAAUUAUUGUCCGAAGAAAAUCGACCAAUUUACCGAGGUGCCACCACAGAAGAAAUCAUUGCAUGUCGGUACGCCAAUGGCCUCGACGGAGUCCCUCUACUGUCACACUUUAAGCUGAAAACAAAAUCGACCCCACUUAAGUGAACGAGAACAUAGUCGAGUUUUAUUUUUUUUUUCUUUUUUUUUUUAGAAUUGGUUGAUGAAGUUUCGUUUUAUUACAUCAAAACAAAUGUUUCGGACAA